GGGCGGCGGCCGCGCAGGCUCCGCGGGGCGGCGGCGCGGACGGACAGACAGACUGACGGAGGAGGGACGGGCGGGCGCACGACCAGGACAUGCCCGGGGAGGCCGCCCGCGCGGAGCUGCUGCUGCCCGAGGCCGGCGGGCCCGCGCCCCGCACAGAUCUCUCCUGUGAUGCAGCUGCUGCCACCAUCCCAAGAGGGGACCAGCGGGAGCCCCAUGCCCUGACCCCAAGGCCCAGCCCCCUGGCCCUCACGUUCCUGCCUGGCAAGCCAGGCACCCGGCCCCAGCCUGAGGGAGCCAGCUGGGAUGCAGGGCCUGGAGGGGCCCCCUCAGCCUGGGCAGACCCGGCAGAGGGUGGCCCGAGCCCAGUGCUGCUCCCUGAGGGCCUGCCCCCCGAAGCUCUGCCCUCCGAGGCUCCUCUCCCAGCCACCCUGGAGCCUCGGAUUGUGAUGGGUGAGGAGACGUGCCAGGCCUCCUCAUCGCCCAGGGCAGCCCGGCCAGCGCUCAGGGACCAGGAGGGUGGGCACCCCGGCUUGCACCCACCCCCCGAGUUGUGUUCUCAGGGUAAUCCUCCUGUGCCUUCCCCUCCCCCAGAGCCUGAUUCCUACUUCACGCCUCCCUCCACCCCCACCAAGACCACCUAUGCCCUGCUCCCUGGCCACGGGCCCCACAGGGACACAAGAGACUCAGAGGCUGAGUCGCUGGACUCACCACCCGCCUCGCCCUCCGGCUCCUACAUCACAGCCGAUGGGGACAGCUGGGCCUCAUCACCGUCCUGCUCCCUCAGCCUGUUGACUCCAGCCGAAGGGCUGGACUUCCCCUCAGGCUGGGGCCUCUCCCCACCAGGGUCGGUGGCGGAUGAAGGAGAGCUGCACCCUGCCGGACCCCCCUCCUCCGAGUCCAGCCUCUCAGCAGACAGUGGCUCUUCCUGGGACCAGGAAGGUCACUUCUUCGACCUGGACUUCCUGGCCAAUGACCCAAUGAUCCCCGCAGCCCUCCUGCCCUUCCGGGGCAGCCUCAUCUUCCAGGUGGAGGAGGUGGAGGUGACACCACUGCCCCAGGAGGAGGAGGUGAAGGCAGCGGCUCCCACCCCAGAUGGGGACCUGGCCGGGGAGGGUGAAGAGGACAGCACGUCCGCGUCCUUUCUGCAGUCACUGUCUGACCUGUCCAUCGUGGAGGGCGUGGACGAGGCUUUCGCAUUCCGGGAUGACACCUCGGCGGCCUCCUCUGACUCAGACUCGGCCUCCUACGCGGGGGCGGACGAUGAGCGGCUGUACAGUGGGGAGCCCCACGCCCAGCCCACCGCCCUGCUCCAGGACAUCCAGAAGACAGAGGAGAAGCGCGGCAACGGGGCUGAGGGACCGCAGGCUCGGGAGGGGGCCGUGUCCUGGGGCCCAGAGGAGGCCAUUCCUCAGGUCUCAGAGGGAGAGGCCCAUUUCAGCCAAAGCCGGGAACCAGUCGUGGACAGAACAGAAGAGGGCCUCGCUUUAGGCCAGGAGUCCACUGCAACUGUGACCCCUCACGGUCUGCAGGCAGCCCCAGGCCUCCAGAUGGAGGCAGCUACCAGGGUGGCCCCCCAGGCUGGGGAGGAAGAAGUGGACUCACCCGCUGGACAGGCGCCUGCUGCUGGGGCAAUGCCUCAGCCCUCCCAGGAGGGUGCAGGCCCCACGUUAGGCCAAGGGCCUGUCGCUGCAGAGAUGCCUCCAACUCCACAGGAAGAAGCAAGCCACAGACGCCCGGGCUGUCCUCAGAAUCUGAAGGAGGAAGGAAGGCCCAGCCUCCCCUCAGGCCCAGAGCCUGUGGCUGCGGCCACGCCCGUGCCUCAGCAGGCUGAAGGGGCUCUCGGCUUACCCCAGGACUCUGCUGUGGCAGCACCUCUGUCCCUGCAAGACCCGGGCCUUGCCUCAGGCUGGGAGCCUGUAGCUGCUGCCAUCCCUCAGGCCCUGCAGGCAGAAGCAAGCUGCUCCCCAGGGACAGUGUCCUCAACCUUCCUUGCUCUGCAGGAAGUAAAUGUGGCCUUAGGACUAAGGCCAGCACCUGAGGAAAGAGUCACAGCCCUCCCUGGAGGCCCAGAGCCUCCAGCCAUGGACCAGGUUUACCAGGAUGACCCACAGCCCGCCACAGAAGCUGGGACCCCUCAGGCUUCAUGGGAAGAUGCAGGUCUCACCUUGGGCAUGGUGGCCCCCAAUCUCCCUGAGCCCGCCUGUGACUCUGGGGAGGAAGUGGCCCGUCCCCCUGAGCCCGCCUGUGACUCUGGGGAGGAAGUGGCCCGUCCCCCUGAGCCCGCCUGUGACUCUGGGGAGGAAGUGGCCCGUCCCCCUGAGCCCGCCUGUGACUCUGGGGAGGAAGUGGCCCGUCCCCCUGAGCCCGCCUGUGACUCUGGGGAGGAAGUGGCCCGUCCCCCUGAGCCCGCCUGUGACUCUGGGGAGGAAGUGGCCCGUCCCCCUGAGCCCGCCUGUGACUCUGGGGAGGAAGUGGCCCGUCCCCCUGAGCCCGCCUGUGACUCUGGGGAGGAAGUGGCCCGUCCCCCUGAGCCCGCCUGUGACUCUGGGGAGGAAGUGGCCCGUCCCCCUGAGCCCGCCUGUGACUCUGGGGAGGAAGUGGCCCGUCCCCCUGAGCCCGCCUGUGACUCUGGGGAGGAAGUGGCCCGUCCCCCUGAGCCCGCCUGUGACUCUGGGGAGGAAGUGGCCCGUCCCCCUGAGUCCACCUCUGGCACUGGGGAGGAAGUGGCCCGUCCCCCUGAGCCUGCCUGUGACUCUGGGGAGGAAGUGGCCCAUCCCCCUGAGUCCAGCUCUGGCACUGGGGAGGAAGUGGCCCAUCCCCCUGAGCCCACCUGUGACUCUGGAGAGGAAGUGGCCCGUCCCCCUGAGCCAACCUCUGGCACUGAGGAGGAAGUGGCCCAUCCCCCUGAGUCUACCUCUGGCACUGGGGAGGAAGUGGCCUGUCCCCCUGAGCCCACCUGUGACUCUGGAGAGGAAGUGGCCUGUCCCCCUGAGCCAACCUCUGGCACUGGGGAGGAAGUGGCCCAUCCCCCUGAGUCCACCUCUGGCACUGGGAAGGAAGUGGCCCAUCCCCCUGAGCCCACCUGUGACUCUGGGGAGGAAGUAGCCUGUCCCCCUGAGCCAACUUCUGGCACUGGGGAGGAAGUGGCCCGUCCCUCUGAGCCCACCAUUGACUCUGGGGAGGAAGUGGCCCAUCCCCCUGAGCCUGCCUCUGGCACUGGCGAGGAAGUAGCCAAGGGCCUUUCUGUGCUUGAGCAGGAAGCGUGUCUCAAAGCCAGUGUGCACACAGGUGAUAGGGCCGAGCCCCACUCGGCCCCAGAGGAGGCCCUGGGGACUGAGAACCAGAUGGGAGCAGGCCCCGAGCUAUCAGUGCCCCUAAGUGCAGGAGAGGCUCUCAAGGUACAUCCUACUGCCUGUCCCAAGGUCAGCCAGGUGCAGCCGCUGAGCCCAGCUGGGGAGGGAAGAGGCCUAAGCAGCGAGGCCAUGGUGGGACCCGGGCUUCCCACAGAUGUGGCCACAGAGGCCGGUCUGGGCUCCUGCCCAGCGUCUUUAGCAGGGGCUGCAUCCAGGCUAGACAGGGGCUGCCCUGAAGAGCCUGUCCCCACAUCUGCACCACCCUCCUGGCAGCCGGAGCCUGUGCCAGGCCCGGGCAGUGGAGAGCAGCCCCAGGCAGCACCCAGUGUCCUCAGCCCCUCCCCACUGCAGCCCCCAGAAAACCCUGCCAGGAACCUGCCCAGCUCACCCCAGGACAGGCUCCCAAGUCCUGACACCCCUGCUCCUGGUGUUCUUGCCCGGGUAGCCCCGCCCCCCUUGGGGUCCCCAGUCCUCUGCCUGUGCCAGGAUCCCCAAGAAGACUCCAUGGAGGACAAGGAGCUCCCAGGCUCUCCGGGCCUCCCACUGCCCCGGGUAGGAGCCCAGCAGGCCACUGCUGCUGUCUCAGGAACCAUGCAGCCUCUGGGGGCUGGGCAGCGGGUCAGCCUCUUGCCCCAUUCCCCCCUCCUCAUCCCCAAGGAGGCCCCCAAGGAUGCCAAAGACCUGGCCUCACAGAUGUCAGCCCCCUGCCAAGUGCCUCCUCGCUCUGGAACCCAGAGCCCGCCUGGCCCUCAAGGGCUCCCCGCCCCCGAGCAGCAAGAGGACGAGGACAGCCUGGAGGAAGACUCAACGAGGGCCCCAGGCUCGGGCCAGCACUCAGAGAGCCAUGGGGAAUCAUCGGCUGAGCUGGACGAGCAGGACAUCUCAGCACCUCAGACCACCCAGUGCCCAGCCCAGGCCCCGACAGGCGGCAGCGAGGAGACCAUCGCCAAAGCCAAGCAGAGUCGCAGUGAGAAGAAGGCCCGAAAGGCGAUGUCGAAGCUGGGCUUGCGGCAGAUUCAGGGAGUCACCAGGAUCACCAUCCAGAAGUCCAAGAACAUCCUCUUUGUCAUUGCCAAGCCCGAUGUCUUCAAGAGCCCAGCCUCGGACACCUAUGUGGUCUUCGGUGAGGCCAAGAUCGAGGACCUGUCCCAGCAAGUGCACAAAGCUGCAGCCGAGAAGUUCAAGGUGCCCUCAGAGCCCUCAGCCCUAGUCCCCGAGUCAGCGCCCAGGCCCAGGGUGAGGCCAGAGUGCGAGGAGGAGGAGGAGGAGGAGGUGGAUGAGGCAGGGCUGGAGCUGCGUGACAUUGAGCUGGUGAUGGCCCAGGCCAACGUGUCCAGGGCCAAGGCUGUGCGUGCCCUGAGGGACAACCACAGUGACAUUGUCAAUGCCAUUAUGGAACUGACGAUGUAACUGCUGACAAGGAAGCUGGGUCCAUCCUGCCCUUCCCUCAGCUCUGCUGCUCAAUAAAGCAGUGCCCUUCACUGCU